UCUUGAGCGCAACCGGUCUAGCUUUUAAAGCGAGGGGUGGCAUGACUGCUGUCAUUUAGUAAUUGAACGGGGCAUAUAGAGGAGCUGCGGCGGCCACGUUCAGUUCUAUCUCCUCUGCUUAAACCUUUGUAGAUAACGCAUCGUACGUCUUUCAGUUUGAUUUAACCAGUAGGCUAGCAGAGAACGCUAUACCUCGUUUUAAAAUGUACCGGUAUUUCGGGGAACUCCUCACCCGUGGAGCAAGUAAUGCUCUGGCCUCGGGAUGUGUCGAUUCGGCUCUUCCAGCUUCCGCGUCUUUAAUGCGGGUGCGCCACUACAGCGAGGCCGCUGGAGAAAAAGAAGAUGACCCUAAUUUUUUUAAAAUGGUUGAGGGUUUUUUUGACCGCGGUGCUACUAUUGUAGAAGAUAAACUGAUAGAAGACUUGAAAACAAGGGAAACGCCGGAACAGAAGAAGAAGCGAGUGCGUGGAAUUCUCAGGAUCAUUAAGCCUUGUAACCACGUAUUGAGUGUAUCUUUCCCAAUCAAACGUGACAACGGGGAAUGGGAAGUGAUUGAGGGAUACCGGGCGCAACACAGUCAACACAGAACGCCCUGCAAAGGAGGUAUCCGCUACAGUAUGGAUGUAUCUGUGGACGAGGUCAAGGCCCUGGCUUCUCUGAUGACCUAUAAGUGUGCUGUGGUUGAUGUGCCAUUUGGUGGAGCUAAAGCUGGAGUGAAAAUCAACCCAAAGACUUACACUGACAACGAGCUGGAGAAGAUUACGAGGCGGUUCACCAUCGAGCUGGCCAAGAAGGGAUUCAUCGGGCCUGGCAUCGAUGUCCCUGCCCCCGACAUGAGCACUGGCGAGAGAGAGAUGUCUUGGAUCGCUGACACCUAUGCCAACACUAUUGCCCACACUGACAUCAACGCCCACGCGUGUGUGACCGGCAAGCCUAUCAGCCAGGGGGGAAUCCACGGAAGGAUCUCUGCCACCGGUCGUGGAGUUUUCCACGGAAUUGAGAACUUCAUCAAUGAGGCAUCGUACAUGAGCAUGGUUGGUCUCACACCCGGCUUCCAGGACAAGACCUUCAUCAUUCAGGGCUUUGGUAAUGUGGGUCUGCACUCCAUGCGUUACCUGCACCGCUAUGGUGCUAAGUGUGUUGGAGUGGCUGAGAUUGAUGGCAGCAUCUAUAACCCCAACGGCAUGGACCCCAAGGAGCUGGAGGACUACAAGCUGCAACAUGGCACUGUUGUAGGCUUCCCCAACUCCAAGCCCUACGAGGGCAGCCUCCUGGAGGCCCCGUGCGACAUCCUCAUCCCUGCCGCCGGAGAGAAGCAGCUCACCAGGAAUAACGCCCACAAGAUCAAGGCCAAGAUUAUUGCAGAGGGUGCCAACGGACCCACCACCCCAGAUGCUGACAAAAUCUUCCUGGAGAGGAACAUCAUGGUCAUACCGGACAUGUACCUGAACGCUGGUGGUGUGACCGUCUCCUACUUCGAGUGGCUCAAGAACCUCAACCAUGUGAGCUAUGGCCGCUUGACCUUCAAGUAUGAAAGGGACUCCAACUACCACCUGCUGAUGUCUGUCCAGGAGAGCUUGGAAAGGAAGUUUGGAAAACAAGGUGGACCCAUCCCUGUCGUUCCCACUUCGGACUUCCAGGCCAGAGUGGCUGGUGCCUCUGAGAAAGACAUUGUGCACUCAGGUCUGGCCUACACCAUGGAGAGGUCUGCCAGGCAAAUCAUGCGCAUCGCCCACAAAUACAACCUGGGGCUGGACCUGAGGACUGCCGCCUACGCCAGUUCCAUCGAGAAGGUCUUCAAGGUGUACAAUGAGGCUGGGCUGACCUUCACAUAAGCGUCCAGUUCCUCUCUCUGCCCUGCCGUCCAUGAUAGCCGAGAAACACCCAACUGUCCUUCCUGACCCUCCUACGCCAAUGUCCCUCCCGUUCCAAAGCUGACAUAUCAACAGUUUCACCCGCUGCUGUCAUCAUGUUCUGCUCAAUGCCUCUAAAUAUUCAAUAUCUCGUCCAAACAAGAUUAACCUGCUGAACUGGUAAUUAUUGUGAUGUAUAAUGCUGUUUUUUGUUUGUUUGUUUGUUUGUUUGUUUGUUUGUUUGUUUUUCAAACAUUUUUUGUACACAGGACUUAUCCUGCAUUUGUAUCAGUCCUGUUGUUGGCUGUUUCUAAUGUUUUGCCCUGAAUAGAUUGACAUUGUUCAGUUACAGAGGGAGGGAAACCAUAUUUCCACCGAUUUCACUUUUCAAGUGGCCAUUUUAUACCAGUCAUUUAAUGCACUCUGACAACAGCUUAGCAGGUAGCCCUUGUUCCAGUGACCUUUUUGCGUUAUGUAGUGUUCAUUUCACGACACUGAAGAGGCCUUAGCUCUCCAAGCUGGAGUUCAAGUUUUAUAUUUUACAUUUUGAAUGCCCCCAUUUCCCCACCCACCCACAUAUCAGCAAACACCAUAUCAUGAUGUACUUUAGCUGAACACACUACCCAUAAUGCUUAGAGGCACUUUCUCUGUGUGCUACAGCUGACUGCAUCAGUGGUGAACAUUUGAGGUGUACUACUGUGAUCCAACCGUCGGUGAUUUGGUUGUGCUAGGUCAGCCGAAUGUCUCAGUGCAGGUUAGUGUGGAGAUGAAAGGAGUCCGUAAUGGGAUCAAGGAGCAGCUGAAACUUUCUUUUGGAAUUCGCUUUGUGAAAUUUGUAUCGCCUUUUUGUUGAAAAUAAAUAAUGUGGAACAAUGA